AAGUUAUGAAACUGAGUGACUUUCCCCAGACGAUCCGUGUGGAGGUUCUGAUUUUUAAAGCAAAGCCUUGCACGCAAGUCCUCAAGACUACAGUUCCCAGAGUUCCUCGGGCCAGCAGCCCCUUACCCUGCUCGCCCUCCUCCUCUCCGACGGGAUAGAAAAGCUGGGCUGGACCAGACCCGCCCCUGUUUGACACAUGACGACUUUUCCCUAGGCGGCCGUGGGCUUCGUGUCAUAUGACACAUCUAAGAUGGCGUCGGCCAGGCUGCAGGUUGCUUUGCUGCUCCACCUGCUGAGCGGAUUUUGCGGACUGAGCUCGGGGAGCCCUGCAGGGCCGGUGCCGCUGGUCAUCUGGCAUGGGAUGGGAGAUAGCUGCUGCAAUCCAGUGAGCAUGGGUUACAUUAAAAAAAUUGUAGAGAAGAAGAUCCCAGGAAUUUACGUCCUGUCUCUGAAGAUUGGCAGCAAUUUAAUUGAGGACAUGGAGAACAGUUUCUUCAUGAACGUGAACGACCAGGUGAAACUCGUGUGUGACGGACUCGCAAAGGACCCCAAACUGCGAGGCGGCUACAACGCGAUGGGCUUCUCACAGGGAGGGCAGUUCCUGAGGGCCGUGGUGCAAAGAUGUCCAUCUCCCCCUAUGUUCAAUCUGAUUUCAGUGGGAGGCCAGCACCAAGGGGUGUAUGGCUUCCCACGCUGUCCCGGAGAGAGCUCUCGCGUCUGUGACUGGAUCCGGAAGAUGCUAGAUCUAGGGGCGUACACCGAUGUGGUCCAGAACCGCCUGGUCCAAGCCCAGUACUGGCAUGACCCACUGGAUGAAGAUGAGUAUCGGAAGGGCAGUCUUUUCCUGGCUGAUAUCAAUCAAGAGCGAGGCAUCAAUGAGACUUACAAGAAAAACCUGAUGUCUUUGAAAAAAAUUGUGAUGGUGAAGUUCCUCAAUGAUACCAUGGUGGACCCUCCUGCAUCUGAGUGGUUUGGUUACUACAAGAGCGGUCAGGCCAAAGAGACCAUUCCCUUGCAAGAGACCUCACUGUACACAAAGGAUACUUUGGGACUGAAGGAAAUGGACCAAGCUGGGAAACUGGUGUUCCUGGGGGCAGCAGGAGACCACCUCCACUUUUCUGAAGAGUGGUUCUACAAAAAUAUAUUGCCAUUCCUGCAGUGAAAAUGAUGAGGACAGAGGCUGAGCCGGCCUUGCCCAGUUGCUGGAGCCAACAUUCAUGGCAUCUUUGCCUAGUUUGGCGUCUGUUCUUCGUAGCACUUGUGUGGAGGGGAUAACAUUCCUACUAACUUGCUAGGGCCUGCUUUCAUUUAAAGAUUAUAACACCAUUGAAUGUAACUUAGCUAAAAAUACACUCCCCACUUCUCCGCCCUCCCGUUAUUCAAUAGGCUCUUGCCUCUUUUCCCUACAGACUUUAAGAAGAUGGCACUUUAUGCAGUCAAUCCCAUUUGUUUUGAUAUGGCAAACUUGAUGUAGGUUUUAAUUACCUUUUUUUACCCCACCUCUCGUGAUGUGUGCCAAAAAAUCAACCUCAACUACAUCAGAGGUGAGUAGUUUCUUUUUCCCCCUUCGGUUGCGUGUGAAACUACUGAGGAUGCUAAACUUUACAGAUCUCUCAGGGAUGGGAUAUUUAAUGCCUCUUGUUAGAACAAGAGACAAAAGAGGAAGGCUUCACAGAGCCUCAAGUGGCAGGUGUGCAAUAGCUUAGGUUUCUCGCGCCAGACCUCAAGUCUGAAAGCAGGAAGUCGGUGCUACAACAGAGAAGCAAGUGUUAAAACAUGCAGAGAAACUGAGCUUUGGGUAUUAGGGCAGUAUGUGUUACAGGUGGGGGGCAGUGAUAGGAAAUGGUGAACCAAGCUCUUUGUAUUGUGUUACAAGCCAUAGCACAGGAAUAUUUUUUCAACUUGACACACUCCAAUAAAAGUGUUUAACCAA